UUACCUACGCCACUACAGCCCAUCACAGUAUACCCAGUGCUCUUUUUAUCAACAUUAUUUCUCUCCAUCAAUUCCCCACUUUCCAAAACCAGCAAAGCGCCCUGUUUCAGCUCCGGCCAAAAAACAUGGGCGCCGGAGAAUUAGACGGAUUCAAAUUCGAGCAGUGUCACGGCAAAGAUAGAGUGAGAGUGACCAGAGUUUGGAGAAGAAAGGACGGUACUCAUUUCAUGGUGGAGUGGAGUGUCGGCAUCACUCUCUUCUCCGAAUGUCUUCCCGCUUAUUCAAGAGAUGAUAAUUCUAAUAUUGUUGCCACUGAUACCAUGAAGAACACGGUAUAUGUGAAAGCAAAGGAAUGUUCAGAACAGCUUUCUGCAGAAAACUUUGCUAUUUUGUUGGCUCAGCAUUUUACUAGUCUUUACAAGGAGGUAACUGCUGCCAACAUAAAGAUAGUAGAGAAGCCUUGGGAGCGUGUGAGCGUAGACGGGCAACUGCAUACCCACGGUUUUAAACUUGGAGCUGAGAAGCAUACAACAGAGGUAAUACUGUCGGAGUCUGGAGUUUUACAGCUUAGCUCCGGUAUUCUGGGACUGUCCCUACUGAAGACGACCAAGUCAGGAUUUGAAGGAUUCAUUAGGGAUAAAUAUACAGCUUUACCCGAAACACGAGAGAGGAUGCUUGCAACAGAAGUCACUGCAUCAUGGAGAUAUCCAUUUAAAUCGGUCUCCAGCAUCCCUGAGAAUCCACUUUACUUUACAGAGAGAUAUUUAAAUGUAAAAAAGGUUUUGAGCGAUACAUUUUUUGGUCAUCCAAAGGAGGGAGUAUACAGCGCCUCUGUUCAAAGCACUCUUUUUCAAAUGGCAAAGGCUGUACUCAACAGGUUUCCUGAUAUAUCAUCAAUCCAACUUAAAAUGCCAAAUCUCCACUUCUUACCUGUUAAUAUAGCAAACAAGGAUUCUAAUAUUGUGAAGUUCGAUGAUGAUGUAUUUCUACCAACUGAUGAGCCACAUGGAUCGAUAGAAGCAACUUUGAGUCGUUUCUGGUCAAAGAUGUAGGCUAUGAAUCGACACAAGAGAUGAAUGAUGCUGUAAUGUUACCAUUUAAACCAUCUUUCAGCUUUUUUGUUCUUUCUGAAAUAAUCACGGUGUGUAUAUACCCUUGCCUAAAAUUGUAUCGGUGAACAUGUUCAUGUUUUGCUCUGGUAGUUGAUUUAAAAGCUAUAGCUGGAAUAUUGUGCUAUCCAUCCAAAGAGCAAUUCUGUAUGUGCAUCGAAAUAAUUUCGUGCCAGUUCAAGAAUUUAUAUGCAGUGACCCUGCAGGUAAUCCAUCUUUGAAUAUUAUACGGAUCA